AUGCGCUGCCCCACUGUUCCUUUGUCUCCCUCUCAUGCACAAUGCGCUGCCCCACCGUUCCUCUGUCUCCUGGCAUUGCUCUCUGCGCGUGCCUCUCCUUUGCGUGUGCCUCUCCUCUGCGCGUGCCUCUCCUCUGCGCAUGCCUCUCCUCUGUGCGUGCCUCUCCUCUGCGCGUUCCUCUUCUCUGCGCGUGUCUCUCCUCUGCGCGUGACUCUCCCCUGCGCGUGCCUCUCCUCUGCGCGUGCCUCUCCUCUGCCAUGCUCUGCUGCACGCAACGCUGCCAGCCAUGGAUGCAUGCUGCCCCCAACCGCAUGUGGUGGUGUUGACGAACGGCCCCUUGUCCGUGCUGCGUGCAGGUGGAUGCCGUGGAACUACCUGGACGGCAGCCUCUCAGAAUACCUCAAAUACUUCUCUGCGCUCACCAACUUGAAUCAACUGGCCAUGCAGUACAUGUUCUUCUCCGGCACAUUCCCCAGCCUGCUCACCUCUCUGCCCAGCCUCACCAGCCUGUCGCUGCGCUUCAACUACCUGACGGGCUCGCUGCCAACGAGCAUCACAAAGAUCAAGUCGCUGGACAUCUAUCAGAACUACUUCGUCGGCUCCAUUCCCUCGGGCACCUGGUCCUACUGCGAUGCCGGAAAUAACUGCCUCAUCAGCGUGGGCAACUGCCAGAGCAACUUCCAGAGGUCCUCGUGCGCUAUUUGCGGCAGCACUGACGGCACCGGCACUCUGUGCGCAGUGGGGCAAGCGUGUGUGCCGAGCUCUGACGCGAAGAUUGCAGCGGCGGCGGCCAUGCUGAGCAUCAAGGCAGCCAUAGCUGCGGCCCUGCUGAGCAUCAAGUCGGCUAUGGGGCUCACAUACACCACGUGGGCCGCCACCAAUCCGUGCACUCUUGACGGCACUACUGGCAAAGCGGGGGAGUGGGAGCGCUGCUCUCUGCCCGUGCCUCUCCUCUGCGCGUGCCUCUCCUCUGUGCGUGCCUCUCCUCUGCGCGUGCCUCUCCUCUGCGCGCGCCUCUCCUCUGCGCGUGCCUCUCCUUUGCGUGUGCCUCUCCUCUGCGCGUGCCUCUCCUCUGCGCGUGCCUCUCGUCUGCCAUGCUCUGCUGCACACAACGCUGCCAGCCAUGGAUGCAUGCUGCCCCCAACCGCAUGUGGUGGUGUUGACCAACGGCCCCUUGUCCGUGCUGCGUGCAGGUGGAUGCCGUGGAACUACCUGGAUGGCAGCCUCUCAGAAUACCUCAAAUACUUCUCUGCGCUCACCAACUUGAAUCAACUGGCCAUGCAGUACAUGUUCUUCUCUGGGACAUUCCCCAGCCUGCUCACCUCUCUUCCCAGCCUCACCAGCCUAUCACUGCGCUUCAACUACCUGACCGGCUCGCUGCCAACGAGCAUCACAGAGAUCAAGUCGCUGGACAUCAAUCAGAACUACUUCGUCGGCUCCGUUCCCUCGGGCACUUGUGGCGGCCAUGCUGAGCAUCAAGGCAGCCAUGGGACUCACCAAAUUGUCCUUCCCUCGUUGUUCCCUGUCUCGUGCGCCUCCGCUUUCCCCUGCCUGCCCUCCCCUACCCGCCCAUCAGCUGCGGCCCUGCUGAGCAUCAAGUCGGCUAUGGGGCUCACAUACACCACAUGGGCCGCCACCAAUCCGUGCACUCUUGACGGCACUACUGGCAAAGCGGGCGAGUGGGAGCGCGUGAGCUGCACGGCUUUCGGCCGCGCAUACGUGAUAAACCUGGACUCCGCAGGACUCCAGCGCAAGAGCUUCCCCGCAAACAUCUCCAAGCUCACAGGGCUUGGCUCGGUGUGGAUGCCGUGGAACUACCUGGAUGGCAACCUCGCAGAAUACCUCAAAUACUUCUCUGCGCUCACCAACUUGAAUCAACUGGCCAUGCAGUACAUGUUUUUCUCCGGGACAUUCCCCAGCCUGCUCACCUCUCUGCCCAGCCUCACCAGCCUUGGCGCCUCCCUUCCUUCUCGUUCCCAAUCGCACGCGCCUGACAUGAACACGCUCGCUUUCUGCCCCUCCUCUGUCCUCCGCGCACAUAUUCACUUCCCUGUGCGCACAUAUUCACUUCCCGGUGCUCACAUAUUCACUUCCCUGCGCUCACAUAUUCACUUCCCUAUGCGCACACAUUCAAUUCCCUAUGCUCACAUAUUCACUUCCCUGUGCUCACAUAUUCACUUCCCUGUGCGCACACAUUCACUUCCCUGUGCGCACAUAUUCACUUCCCUGUGCUCACAUAUUCACUUCCCUCUGCUCACAUAUUCGCUUCCCUGUACCAUUUCCCCAAGUGAACCCCCCUUCCAUUCCCUUUCCUCCUCCAUCCGCCCAUUAGCGGCGGCCAUGCUGAGCAUCAAGGCAGCCAUGGCUGCGGCCCUGCUGAGCAUCAAGUCGGCUAUGGGGCUCACAUACACCACGUGGGCCGCCACCAAUCCGUGCACUCUUGACGGCACUACUGGCAAAGCGGGCGAGUGGGAGCGCGUGAGCUGCACAGCUUUCGGCCGCGCAUACGUGAUUGCUCUCUGCGCGUGCCUCUCCUCUGCGCGUGCCUCUCCUCUGCGCGUGCCUCUCCUCUGCGCGUGCCUCUCUUCUGCGCAUGCCUCUCCUCUGCGCGUGCCUCUCCUCUGCGCGUGCCUCUCCUCUGUGCGUGCCUCUCCUCUGUGCGUGCCUCUCCUCUGCGCGUUCCUCUCCUCUGCGCAUGCCUCUACUCUGCGCGUGCCUCUACUCUGCGCGUGCGUCUCUUCUGUGUGUGCUUCUCCUCUGCCAUGCUCUGCUGCACGCAACGCUGCCAGCCAUGGAUGCAUGCUGCCCCCAACCGCAUGUGGUGGUGUUGACCAACGGCCCCUUGUCCGUGCUGCGUGCAGGUGGAUGCCGUGGAACUACCUGGAUGGCAGCCUCUCAGAAUACCUCAAAUACUUCUCUGCGCUCACCAACUUGAAUCAACUGGCCAUGCAGUACAUGUUCUUCUCCGGGACAUUCCCCAGCCUGCUCACCUCUCUGCCCAGCCUCACCAGCCUGUCGCUGCGCUUCAACUACCUGACGGGCUCGCUGCCAACGAGCAUCACAAAGUUCAAGUCGCUGGACAUCUAUCAGAACUACUUCGUCGGCUCCAUUCCCUCGGGCACCUGGUCCUACUCUGCGGCCCUGCUGAGCAUCAAGUCGGCUAUGGGGCUCACAUACACCACGUGGGCUGCCACGAAUCCGUGCACUCUUGACGGCACUACUGGCAAAGCGGGCGAGUGGGAGAGCGACUCCAGCGCAAGAGCUUCCCCGCAGACAUCUCCAAGCUCACGGGGCUUGGCGCGGUGUAAGUGCUCUCUGCGCGUGCCUCUCCUCUACGUGUGCCUCUCCUCUGCGCGUGCCUCUCUGCGCGUGCCUCUCCUCUGCACGUGCCUCUCCUCUGCGCGUGCCUCUCCUCGGCGCGUGCCUCUCCUCUGUGCGUUCCUCUCCUCUGUGCGUUCCUCUCCUCUGCACGUGCCUCUCCUCUGCGCGUGCCACUCCUCUGCGCGUGCCUCUCCUCUGCGCGUGCCUCUCCUCUGCGCGUGCCUCUCCUCUGCGCGUGCCUCUCCUCUGCGCGUUCCUCUCCUCUGUGCGUUCCUGUCCUCUGCGCGUGCCUCUCCUCUGCGCGUGCCUCUCAUCUGCGCGUUCCUCUCCUCUGUGCGUUCCUCUCCUCUGCGCGUGCCUCUCCUCUGCGCGUGCCUCUCCUCUGCGCGUGCCUCUCCUCUUCGCGUGCCUCUCCUCUGCGCGUGCCUCUCCUCUGUGCGUGCUUCUCCUCUGCGCGUGCCUCUCCUCUGCGUGUGCCUCUCCUCUGCGCAUGCCUCUCCUCUGCGCAUGCCUCUCCUCUGCUUGUGCCUCUCCUUAGUGCGCACCUCUACUCUGCGUGUGCCUCUCCUCUGCGCGUGCCUCUCCUCUGCGCGUGCCUCUCCUCUGCGCGUGCCUCUCCUCUGCGCGUGCCUCUCCUCUGCGCGUGCCUCUCCUUUGCCAUGCUCUGCUGCACGCAACGCUGCCAUCCAUGGAUGA